GAAAGGAGAUCAGGGAAAGUGGUAAAUACCAGCCUGUGAAUAAAAAUUUGUUAUGCAGAUUUAAGCAAGUGCCCUCUUCACUGAUAAGAAUGAUGCCUUUUCAAAUGUAAAUGUACUUUAGAAAAGGAAAAACUGUUUCCUGCUGGGCAGCAUUCCCUGGGGGUUGAUUUCCUGUAGCCUUUAGCUCAAAGUAAUCUGGUUAAAGAGACCUGUGUUAGUUGGGCAGUGGUGGCACACACCUUUAAUCCCAGCACUGAGGCUGGCAGAUACCAGAGUUCGAGGCCAGCCAGGUCUACAGCGUGAGUUCCAGGGCUAUACAGGAAAUCCUGUCUCCUAACAAAAACAAAAAGAGACUCAUGUUGUGCCUGGUGUAGUGACAUGCCUUUAAUCCCACCAUUCAGAAGUCAGAAGCCAGAGUUUUGGGCCAGCCAGGGCUGCAUAGUGAGACCCUGACUCAAAAAUAAAUAUAGAAGAUAAAGCUGUGUGGUUUGAGGGCCCAUUUUUAGUGCAGAUCUGGGGGAAUGCUUAAUCGUGCACAGUGUGAGACUUGGAAGGCACGAUUUGAUGGAGUCUCAGAAGUAAACUGAUGACCAGUUACUUACAGUGACUCCUCUUAACUCAAGCCAUGGCCUUGCACAUGCAGGGAAUCUCUGUCCCACUGAGACAAACCCUUAGGCUCAAAUUUCUUGCCAAAGUUGUUUUCUGUUUCUAAUGUUCUCACUAGAGAGGUGAGGCUCAGGGUGGACACAUGUCUAGUUACGAUGGACUCCUCUUUAGUUUGAGGACAAAUUGAGGCUUCUCACUUGGGCUAGGAAGGCUCUAUGUAUAUCAAAGCAGGACUUAAGAGUUGGGGAAUCUGUAUUCUGCCCUCCUGGGUGCCAGUCCUGGCUGAGAACUUUGAGAGAUGGUAAUUGAACUCUUAGUUUUUGCUCCUGAAAAAGCUUCGUAAUGCUACAAGAAUGAAAUGCAUCAAGGGUUGUAAAAUACUUUCAGUGGUACCUGGAGCAUCACAAGACAUCUUAAGAAUAUCCAAUUAACUACAACAUUGAUCUUAGCCCUGGUAUGGAGGAUUUAGAUGACUUGUCGGUAUAUUAAUGCAGUCCAUAUCUGGCCAGUAGAUGGCACCAAAAUCCCAUUGCUCCAAUUGUUCUGUCUCUCCCCCCCACCCCCCCAAACACACAAGAAGCCUUUUUUUUGUGAGCUGACUGUCUAGCACUCAUAAAGAGAAUGAGCUGCAGGACUGCAGUUCAGGCCACUCCCCAAGGCUUUGUUCUGGCCUCAAGAUUGUCCAUUCUGAGAAAUGGCCAUCAAUGACCUUUGACGCUACUGAGAAUGACAAAGUGAAGAAGAUAAAUGAACAUAUCAGAUCCAAAACCAAGGUUUCUGUGCAGGACCAGGUCCUUCUGCUAGGCCCCAAGACCCUCAAGCCCCAGAGAACACUCUCAUCUUAUGGCAUUAACAAGGAAACAACCAUCCACCUCACGCUGAAGGUGGUGAAGCCCAGCGAUGAAGAGCUGCACUUGUUUCUGGUGGAGUCAACCAAUGAAGGGCAAAGGCACCUCCUCCCAGUUCGAAGAUCCAGCUCAGUGGCCCAGGUGAAAGAGAUGAUUGAGGGUGUGACUGGUGUGACCCCCAAGACUCAGAUUGUGACUUGCAAUGGAAAGAGGUUGGAAGAUGGAAAGACCAUGGCUGACUACAACAUCAGGAGGGGCAGUUUGCUCUUUCUGACAGGGCACUGCAUUGGGGGUUGACUAUGUGGAUGGGGUGAUAAGAGGAUCAAAGCCCACCCCUUUUAGCUUUUACCAAUCACAUCCUUUGAUGAUUUCCAAAAAUUAAGGACAAUGAAAUAAAAAUUGGAGAUGAGGGGGUGGAUUAAAAACAUUUGUCAAGUCCGUGAUUCCUUGUUUCUGACAUACUUCAUUGAGUGGCAGGAUUGCUGCUGAGAGCGGAAACUGAAAUAUUAGUCAGGUGUGGUAGUAUACACUUUUAAUUCCAGGACUGGGGAGUCAGGGACAGGUGGAUUCUUGAAUAAUUGUUGAACCAAAUUGAGUCUACUUACAGAGAAGUAAUGUAUUAUGAUUUUUUUGCCCCAAUAGGAUCACAGUCUAAUAAAUGAUUUAGAAAUUCA